GGGNCAGCGGCUGCGGCAGCUCCGGGAGCUGGAGGGACGGGGCCGGGCGGCCGGCGGCCGCCGCGCUCGCCUGACCUGCGUGCCCCGCUGGCCGCGCCGGGCUGCCCCGAAGGAUGUCCGCCCAGUCCAAGGGGACCGCAUCCUCCUCCUCCUCGCCGUCCGAGGGGCCGCCGGCAGCCUCCAAAGCCAAGGUGAAAGAGCAGAUCAAGAUCAUCGUGGAGGAUUUGGAAUUAGUCCUGGGGGACCUGAAAGAUGUCGCCAAGGAACUUAAGGAGGUGGUUGACCAGAUUGACACACUGACAUGUGAUCUGCAGCUGGAGGAAGAGAUGACAGACAGUUCCAAAACAGACACCCUGAACAGCAGCUCCAGCAGCACAACCGCCUCCAGCUUGGAGAAGGUCAAGGUUCGGAGCAGUGCGCCCCUCAUCAAGCCCCCUGCACACCCCUCUGCCAUCCUCACCGUGCUGCGCAAGCCGAACCCGCCGCCUCCUCCCCCUCGACUGACACCCGUCAAGUGUGAUGAGCCUCCCAGGCUGCCUCCCUUGGCCAACCCACUCAAGACCAAUGGCACCCUGCUGCGGAACGGGGGCCUGCCUGUCGGGCCCGGCCGCAUCCCAAAUGGAGAUGUGUGCUGCAUGCCCAACAGUAACUUGGAGAAAGGGGUGAUGCAGCCGCUGGUGCACAGAGCUGAGAAGGAGCGGUGUCCCCAGGCGGGGGCGAGGGAGCGCGUACGGUUCAGUGAGAAAGUGCAGUACCACGGCUACUGCCCCGACUGUGACGUUCGCUAUAACAUCAAAAACAGGGACGUGCACUUGCACAGCGAGCCGGCCCGGGUUGCAGGAAAGUUGCCACACCAGUGCCCUCCUCUGCCACCUCCUCCACCUCCAUUGCCUCCAUUUCUUCUGGAAAAUGGAGGGUUGGGGAUAAGUCCCAGUAAUAGCUUUCCUCCUCCGAGACCUGCAACUGUGCCUCCACAAACUGCGCCAAAACCCCAGAAGACCAUCUUGAGGAAAUCAACCACUACAACAGUGUGAAGUAUGCCCCUUGUAAUAACUCUUUGCUUUUUCCUAUAUAUAAACAUAAAUAGGUAAUGAGCACUUUCUACUUGAGCAAUAAAAAGACCCAAUGUAUUACACCCUGUGUCCCAUGAAGUGGCAUAAAAAUCACAUGGUAAGUACAAAGAGGAAUAUUUGUUGGUCUUAUUUGUACUCACCAAAAAUACUCUUAUGGCAAAGGGUGCUGAAAUAAUACUCAUUCUUUAGCACCAAUAUUGUGAACAUCUGUAGCAGUUUCUUAUUUGUAGCGUGGUUUAAAAUGCAAUGAAAAGAAAGUUCAGUGUGAUAAUACUGCGUAGUGAUAUGUGAUAGGUUUCAGUCUGACAUAAAGGAAUAACCAUUUCUCUCCUG